GGAAAUAAAAAUUCAAUUGCAUGUUGCAGGUGGCACCGCUAUCGCUUUCCCGAAAAAGAAGAAUUCAUCAAGCAAAUUUUAUUUGGCUGAUGCAAUAACUCCUAAAAUCACAAUUUCCCGAAUAAAAUACAAGUGGAGAGUGAAAAUAGUGAAAAUUAGUGGAGUUUAGUGGAAAAUCUUUGUGAAAAUGGCCGAAGAAGAUCCGAUAUUCGACACGACGUUCAUGCAGAAGAAGAAGAAAAAGAAGAAGACAACAUUUGAUUUGGAAGCAGCCCUGGCAGUGGAUGGACCCGAAUCUGGGUCAGCAGCACCGUCAGACACACAAAAUGCUUCGUCCCAUCCCGAUGAUGGUGAGGGUGGUGAUGAUGCAGGUGGUGUGGACUUCAACGACGACCUAGACCUCGAAACUUUUGGCAAGAAGAAGAAAAGCAAGAGCUCCAGCCAGCCAGCUGUUGACAAGGACAAGGAUCUCGGUGGGGGACCCGAUGAUGGGGAGAAUCAAGAGGAGGACUUUGACCUGGAUAUGGAUUUCUCAAUGAUGAAGAAGAAAAAGAAAACAAAGAAGCGCCUGGAUGAUCUCAUGGUGGAAGAAGAGGAGCGCACAGACGACAAAGAAAAUGUUGAAGAUGCAAAUUCUUCAUGGGCUGGCUCCGAUCGCGACUACACGUACGAUGAGCUCCUUAAGCGUGUCUUUGAGAUUAUCCUGGAUAAAAAUCCCGAAAUGGCAACAGGUGGAAAACCCAAAUUCGUCAUGAGACCCCCACAGGUGUUGCGUGUGGGCACAAAGAAGACCUCCUUUGCUAACUUUAUGGAGAUUUGCAAAGUACUCCAUCGACUACCGAAGCAUCUCCUCGACUACCUCCUCUCGGAGUUGGGAACAAGUGGCUCCGUUGACGGGAAUAAUCAACUCAUCAUCAAGGGACGCUUCCAACCGAAACAAAUUGAGAAUGUUCUCCGUCGCUACAUUAAGGAGUACGUCACGUGUCACACGUGCAAAUCCCCCCACACAAUUCUCCAGAAGGACACCCGCCUGUUCUUCCUCCAAUGCGAAUCCUGCGGUUCCCGGUGCUCCGUGGCCAGCAUCAAAUCCGGCUUCCAGGCCGUUACGAGCAAGAGAGCGGCUAUUCGUGCGAAAACAGCUUAAAAAACAACCACAAAGAAAAAAAAACUCCGCAGCAACCACCAAGCGCAAAAGUUUUAAAUUUAAAUAAAAUAAAAUGUAAAUCAGCAAGAAUAAAUAUUAAAUUUUUGUGGAUGUUGCAAUUGGA